AUGACUAUUUCAAUAAUUUUAUUUCUGUUGAUUAUAGUGUCAUUAUUUGAACAUAACUCAACUUUUCACUUCAAUAAUGGGCUUAUAUACAAUGGCAAAAUAUUUGACAUCAAAAAAUAUCCAUACGUAAUGUGUCUUAAAUUUUAUAAUGGACCUGAAUAUAGUGGGUGCACAGGCUCAUUAGUAAAAAAAAAGUUCGUAUUGACAGCUGCUCACUGUUGUCAUGGUCAAAAGGCAAGUGGUGUACAAGUUAUUCAAGGAUCACCAUUAGUUAAUGGACCUAUUCAAAGGGUUUCAAAAAUAUACCAACACAAAGACUAUGAUCCAAUAAAAAAUCCUUUUGCUCCCCGGGGAGAUGUUUGUGUGUUACAGCUAAAAAAAUCAUUCCCAAAUAUCAAGACAUUUAUAAAAAUUGGUGGCUCACCUAAAGAUUUUGACGGAGGCAAAAAGUUGAGUUGUACUUUGUUUGGAUUUGGUGGUACUGGUGAUAAUAGAACGACAGGUAAAUCAGGUUAUAUGAUGACUAAUGAUGUCGUUUAUGGUAAAACAGCUUGUCAAUUACACGACAGUGUAGAAAUAAAAGCUUCAUGGAAACAAUAUUUAUGUCUGGUACCGAACGGCAUUUCAACAACAUGUACAGGAGACAGUGGAGGUCCGAUGAUAUGCAAUGGCGUUCAAUACGGAGUAUGCAGUUUUGGAUUUCCCUACGCCGGAGGGCCAGGUGGAUGUGGCCUUCCUAACCAGCAAGAGAUUUACUCGUUCUUACACUCUCAUUUAAAAUGGAUAAACAGUAUAAUAGAGCCAAAAAAAAAAAAGAACUCUGGAAAUUUGCUUAAGCUACAUACUAUUAUUUUUCAUACAAGUUUAACAAUAUUAUUGUGUAAUGUGUUAAUUUUUAUUUGA